UUUAUAGCUGCAGCCUGGGCGGCUCCACCAGCUGUUUUUUUCCCCCUGCUCCUCUGGGUUGUGUUUUCUCGUGCGAGCCGCGAAGAUGCAGCUGAAGCCGAUGGAGAUUAACCCGGAGAUGCUGAACAAAGUGUUGGCCAGGCUGGGGGUCGCCGGCCAGUGGCGCUUCGCGGACGUGCUAGGGCUGGAGGAGGAGACACUAGGCUCUGUGCCAUCCCCUGCCUGUGCGCUGCUGCUGCUGUUUCCCCUCACGGCUCAGCAUGAAAACUUCAGGAAAAAACAAAUUGAGGAGCUGAAGGGGCAAGAAGUGAGUCCUAAAGUUUACUUCAUGAAGCAGACCAUCGGGAACUCCUGUGGUACCAUCGGGCUGAUCCACGCAGUUGCCAACAACCAAGACAAGUUGGAAUUCGAGAAUGGGUCGAUCCUGAAGCAGUUUCUGUCUGAGACGGAGAAGAUGUCCCCUGAAGACAGAGCGAAGUGCUUUGAGAAGAACGAGGCCAUUCAGGCAGCCCACGACUCCGUGGCCCAGGAGGGCCAGUGUCGGGUAGAUGACAAAGUGAAUUUCCAUUUCAUCCUGUUUAACAAUGUGGACGGCCAUCUCUACGAGCUUGAUGGGCGGAUGCCCUUCCCAGUGAACCAUGGCACCAGUUCAGAGGACUCUCUGCUGAAGGACGCUGCCAAGGUCUGCAGAGAAUUCACCGAGCGAGAGCAGGGAGAGGUCCGCUUCUCCGCAGUGGCUCUUUGCAAAGCAGCCUAAGUCUUGCGGGGAGAAGACCAGCCGCUCCCCUUCCCUGGGGCAGGCCCUCGCAGCCCCACCCUCGGUCUGCAGCUUUAGCACUUAUAACCACAGCUGUCUUCUUGCUAGCCACAGCCCCGUGCCCUCCACCACCCUGCACCCUGCCACCCCCGCCCAGGCCACCAGGGAGCUCUGUCCACAGCCACAUCGGUGUGAGCUUCAGAGGCUAAGCAUUUUCCCCUCCUGUGUCUGGUACCUUACUAUCUAUGGGCUCUUUGGUUUAUGCUGUAAGUUAAGGCCUUGGAUGUGGUUUGUCUGUCCUUAAGAGAAAUAAUAAAACUUUUCUGCUGGUGACGGUA